UUUCAGUCUAAAUAAAUAAUUGAUAAUCCAGAUGAUAUGUAAGGAACAAUAGUCAAUUAUAGAAUGAAAGGAUUUUUGAAUAUUUGAGAACAAAAUCACUCUAUAUAAGGCAUUUAUCUUUUCUCCGUGUACCUGAAAAAUGAAAACGAUUUUUGGAAACAGAACGGUUACUACAAAUCAGAUGCUGAACAAUGGCAGUUGGAAUUCCAAUGUAUCGGCUACUAACCAUACGUUUAUGGACAUGAAUUCAACAGUAGCACCGAGUCCGACGUUUAACUUCAGCCGUGAGGGUUCGAACGAUUAUGUGGUCAAUAUAACACUGGCGUUAUCACAAGCAGUGAUGGCAAUUCUCUUUUUACUAUCAUGUUGGAUGUUAGCAAGUUUUGUUGUCUACUGUAUUCAUAAUGGAAAAUGGAAAAACAAACAAACGACAAGUUUUUUCACUGCAAAACUGUUGUACAUUAUUUAUACUUUAGUUCUAAGCGUCAUCAUCCAAAAAUUGCUAUUCACGCAAGUUUCAAUCCAGGCACCUCGGGGUGCAAACUCUUCGUCAUUAUGCAACGCAGUCGAUGCUGUGUCAAAAGUGUAUUACUCGAUCAUUACAUAUCUUGUUUAUUUCUUCUUAUGGGUGAGACAGAGAAUAAUUUAUGAAAAAAGCAUCUCUUCGGGAAAUUAUAUCUCUUGCCUAAGUUGGGGAAUAUUUGCGCUACUCCCAUCAGAAAUGAUUCUAGUUAUAAUUAAGUUGAUUAUGUUUGAUGACCAGCGGCCAGUACCACAAGGUUGUCUAACUACUGACAACAUCGAUAACGGAGUCCUACGUGCGGUCGGGCGCAUUCCGUUGAUUGUAGCCCAAAUAGCCCUUCUUGGCAUGUUUGUCUACGCCGUUGUCAAGAACACCAUGGAAUACAAAUCAAAAUAUCAUGGCUCAAAAUGGAUCCAACUUUUGUGUGAUACAGGAAAUUCGAAGUCUAGUGAAGUACAAAAAGCGAUUCGUCGUGCUCUUAUCUGGGCAUUCGUUGCUGUUAUCACGGACGUCAUAAUUGGUGGGAUAAAUUUACGAUUGACUCCAGAAAACUUUCCUGUUUCAAUUCGUGUUACAAUGGGAGACAUGAUGUCUUUUGUUAAUGUCAUUUGCAUAUUCAUGACAUUCAAAGACAGAUGGCAAAUAUUGAGAAUUUUCCUCCGGAGGAAGCAAAAUAAGGUUUCUGCUUUUGACCUGUCAACCAAGCCGGCUACAAUUUCACAGACAAAACCAUUUUAUUUUAAUACAAACAGACGUAUUGGUCCAUAUUGUGAAGAGACCGUGUAGAACAACCAUAUGGCAAGUCUUAGAACGGUCAGCGCAUAAAUUGGCGUGGAAAUACAAAUCUUGGAAUCACCAGAAUCGUUUCGAAUGAUUUCACGUUAGAAUUUUCAAGCCAAACUGCGGAAAUUUGAACGAAAAGGUUGUUGGUACCUAAAAUUGACAAUACGCCUGAAUGUCAGCUCCAUUCUGGUAGAUUAAUUUUGAUUGGUAUUGCCAUAAAGAAAUAUUGAGUCGAGACUAGAUUUAUAUUUUUGAACCAACUGAUGUUGAAGACAAGGUUUUCAUAGCACUUCAUUUUUGGCAAUUGAACUUUGGUGUCCCGAAUUUGGGUUUCAAUCCGAAGUGCAAAUAUAUUUUAAAUUUGUGACAGAUUGUAUCAAAGUUUUAUUAUUUAUUCUGUGUGUAGCUAAUUAUUUGCAUUAGAUUUUGUGUACGUGUGAUUAAUCAAAUUAAGAUCAAUCAGAUCAAAUUUUAUUUUUAUAUCUUGCUUAAUUGGACUCCUAUUUCCAUUGAAAAUAAAAUUACACUGGGUGCGAUAGCGUGGUAUUCACGGUACUGUAUGUGACUAGGAUGGCAUUAUAUGAUGAAUAUUUAGUAUUCAAACAACAUGCGUCC